CGGCCGUCAGAAGCCAUCAGAGCGCGCAGCCAUGGCGGGGGUGACUGGCCUUCUGGUGUUGCUGGCCGUGGCUCUGUUCUCCGCCGGCGUUGUGCGGGCCGGCGAAUACCGCCCGGGGCUCGUGGGGGCCCCAGAGGUCAUCGACAACCCUGAGAACGACGAGGGGCUGCAGCGGGCCUUGCAGUUCGCCAUGACGGCGUACAACAGGGCCAGCAACGACAUGUACUCCAGCCGGGUGGUGCGGGUCAUCAGCGCCAAGAGGCAGAUUGUGGCUGGAGUCAAGUACAUAAUGAAAGUUGAGAUUGCCCGGACAACUUGCACAAAGCCAGCAGCUGAUCUCCAGCGCUGUGCUUUCCGUGACGAGCCGCAGAUGGCUAAGCAUACCAUUUGCAACUUCGUAGUACUGAAUGUUCCUUGGCGAAACCAAAUUGAGCUACUGGACAGUAAGUGCCAGUAAACCUACCUUGAUUCCAGCAGAAACCAGCAACCAGUUACUCAGAUUUAAAAGAAAACGGCAAUAACACAAAUAGAGAUGGACUUUAUCAACACCUGUAACUCAGCUACUUAUGUAUGCUUGUGCUAUGCAAAUUAAACCAUGUAACUUUACUUUUAAAGCACAGUAUGAUCUCAACUUUUUCUUCUUUGGAAUUAUUAUUUUAGAGCAGCUGUUCUGAUCUUUCUGCAGCUUUCCCAAUGAAGUCACUCCACCAUCAGAAUUCUGAUUAAAACUUAAUUAAUAAUUGC